AUGUCGUCUUCUGAUGCCCGCGUGCACUGCGAUGUUGUUUGCAACGUCUCCAGUGCUCAACCUACCAGUCCUGCGACCGCAGAUACACUGACUGCCGAGAACAUGCAGCCUGCUGUCGCACCGUCCCACCAGACCUCGGAUGAUCAGCUUGGGGUCUGCGAGCCGGACACGACCUCUGACACCCAAGAACCUACCAAAGUGCAGAUGACCACCGACAGCGCUGAGCAUGACGCCGUCAAUGAGCCCGAUCUCAAGGAACUCGACGCUAUUGAAGAUCAUGCUAUGCCCAACACCGUGGAUAGCAACCCGUUGGCCAAGCACAUCAUCGGAUCACCUACUACACCCACUACCCAGGCCGGCGAGUCCAUUGUUCCUGAGACCACAGUGAAUGCCACCGCAGCCGCUACGGAGGAGAACAAGAACGAUGUCCACGAUGAGCAGAUUCUCACCACCAGUGACGACAAACCCAAGGACAUCAAUUCCAUUCGAAUGUCCACCAACAUGAGCACCAAAGGUGGCCAGCCUGAGAUGAGCGGACCCAGUUACGCCCCCAACAUGCCUAUCGCUAAAGUCAACGAGUCCGAGAUCCACGAGUCCAGCGAAAUAUCCACUGCACCCGCGAUUGCAGUUGAGGAGCCCGAGACCCAUGAGACCACCGAGGUGCAGGCUGUUGUUUCGGAGUCCCAGCUGGUGGUAGACAAGUCUGUCGACAUGACUGCUACGCCUGAUUCCCAGGGCAGUCCUGAGACCCAUGAGGUUGCCGGAGACCUCGUGCUUACCAAGACCGACAACCUUCUGACCGAUUCUGCAACCAAUACUCCCAGCCCAGCUUCGGCCCAUGAAGACAAACCGAGCGCUGACGAGUCUACCGGCUCCCAGAAACUGACUACCGAGGCCAUGUCUAACAGCUACGAGUCUACCGGACAGGAGAAGAGUGGAUGGGACGAAGUGGUGACGACAGAUGACAAGCAGGAGAUUCAGAGUUCGACUGCCACAAACGUGUCUCCGGCCAAGAAGCAGAACGCGGACGUGAUCGCAUCCACCCGCGAUACCUGGGAUCAUGCCGACAAGUCUGGUGCCGCUCCCGGGUCCAUUUCGGCACAGCAGCUCCGAGCAGCAUCUCUUGCGGCCCCGAUCAAUCAACCUCGAAACAUAUCGGUGUCUGGUCCUACCACUAAGCCUCAGAAGCCCCUUUCCCCGACCGCACCUGUAUUCACUUCCCAAUACAAGAAGCCGGCUGCAGGAGCACGCGUUACCGAGCGCUUUGAGGGGGCGCGCCUCAUUGUCGACCAGGAAGAAUUCCAGCGAGAUUGCAAGCGAUGGGGCUUAAAGGGGUUGAGCGCUUCCCGCUGGAACAAAUGA